UCCCACAAUGCCGAGCGCAGACAUGGCGGCGGGGCCGAGCGUGGCUGCCGUCUCCGUCUCCGGACCCGACCACGACCAUGUCCCCGAUUAUGAGCUGAUAGAUGUAAACACAAAAGCCUUCAAUGUCGGCAGCUUCGGUGGGCUGUGGCGAGAGAAGCUGAAGAAGACGGACAUGGCGCUGGGUCGCGAAGGGGACGUGGUGCAGCAGCUGGUUGCCCAGUGGAGCCUGCCCACCAACAUGGUGGACGAGUUGCAGAUGGUGUGCAGUGUAGAUACAUUGGACUGCUCAAAGGAGACGACCAAUUCAGAUGUUAUUCCGCAAGAUACAGAUCUGGUCACGUUACAAAUCCGAAAGAAAGUAAUUGAAAAGAAAGAAGAGCGGUUGAUGUGUGACCGUACAUGUCGGCAACAAGUAUUUGAACAAGAACAUGAAAUGCAAACUGUGGGAAGGAAGCCCAGUAAUUCAGAAAAUUUUGUUCCAGCUGGAGAGGUUAUCCUAACUAUUAAUAUAUACUCCCCUGUUAUAUUUACCAAGCACAGAGAAAAUAAACCCUAUAAUACUAUGCUCGUUCUGGGUAGUCAGAAUCUAACAGAAGUAAGGGAUGCCAUUUCGUGUGUCAGUGAUCUCCAGAUAGGUGGGGAGUUCAGCAACACACCAGACCUAGCUCCAGAGCAUAUUAGCAAGGACUUGUACAAAUCAGCAUUUUUCUUCAUUGAAGGAACUUUCUAUAAUGACUUGAGAUAUUCUGAAUGCGGAGAUCUGAGCAGGACCAUUGUUGACUGGGCAGAGUCUCAUGACAGAGGUUAUGGCAAGUUUCAUACGGCUAAAAUGGAAAACUACACUUUCAAUGAUAUGUGCAUUAAAGUUGGCUAUCCAUACCUGUAUUGUCACCAAGGAGAUUGUGAACAUAUUGUCAUCAUCACAGAUGUCAGAAUUGUCCAUCGUGAUGAUUGCCUAGACAAGACAUUAUAUCCAUGUGUGAUCAAAAAACCCUGGUUGUGGACUCGGAAGUGUUCUGUUUGCAAGUUAUUUAUUGUCAGGUGGGUGACCAACAAUGAUAGUUUAGCUCCCGAGGACCCAUGCUGCUUCUGCGAUAUUUGUUUCAGGAUGCUUCACUAUGAUGCUGAUGGGAAUAAAUUGGGAGAAUUUCUUGCAUAUCCUUAUGUUGAUCCCGGGAUUUUUAAUUAAAAGUUGUCACAGUGUCUCGUUUCUGUGUAAUAAUGAAGUCAUUUUGUCUUGUAGGUCUUGCUGAUGAAAAAGCCUCUGUAAAGUGUUUAUAGUAGAAAAUGAGGAAAUUAACACACAAUAACUUGAGGUGUUUGGGUGGUAGAUUGACUGAAUAGCAUUGAGCUGGUGACAGGUUUUGAAAUAAUAACAGCAGUAUAUAUGUCAUUUCACGCAGCCAUUUUAUUUUCCAAAAAUAUAUGCUAGGGAACCUAAAUUAUGCUGUGGGUUUGGGAACGGGCCAUUUCACUUAUUUCAAACCCAACCUGGACUGUGAGACUGUUACUAAUGAAGCACAGUAAAAUGACUAGGUUGCAUCUUCCCCAAAUCCAAUUAAAAAUAGGUUUGUAAUCCAAAACAAUCAAAAUUAGUAGCAAUUGCCAAGAUAAGCUGUAUACCACUACAUACAUUUACAUAUCUGAUCCUGAAUCAGAAGAAUAAUUUUGACCUUACUGAUAAUUUAUCCAAAAAUGCUCAAGUCAGUCAGCAUCAAAUUUUAAAUUGAAUAUUCAAUUUUAUUUCACCAAUUAUUAAAAUACCUAGGUCUUGACUCCUGAGAUCUGUUGGUGUUAAAGAGAUUGUAUUUGUUAUUCCUCAUUAGCCUUUGAGGUUGUAGAGUUUUUUUCUUCCAUAAUUAAUGGAAGAGGUUUUGAAUUUGAAUAAUAAAUGUCUUUGGUGCUGAUGAGAUUGUACAGUCAGACUAAUAA